GAAAGAGCUUAUAUUCUAAAAAAAGAAAGUCAACUAUCUGUUUCUUGAAAAGAUGGAGUAAACGCGGCUCAUGUGCUUUGGUUUCUCAGGCUUUCCCCCCUGGGCAAUUCACCACCGUUCUUCCAUUUUCGUACGCCAUUCCAUCCAAAGGUUUGCUGGACUGCUUGUGUGGAAAAGGUCAUUUUUAGCUCAAUAUAUGGAGUGAGAGCAAGAGCUCUUUCCACCCCUCCAUUCAUUGGGUGUGUAUAGAGUUCAAAGAGAGCCACAACAUAGCCACUGUAAAUGCUGUAUUUAGUGUUUUGGAGUACUGGAGUACUCUCACAACUCUCAUUGCCACUUAGUGUUUUAUUGAGAACAACAAAAAUCUAAAUUUUGAAGCAAAGUAUACAUAUAUAAAACCUUGAAACCUCUAAGAGAAUAACCCUAUGUGCCCUUGCUCCUAAAGAGUCCGUUCCUCGUGGUUACUUUUUUAUUCUGUCAAAAAUUGGCAAAGUGAAUUGCAGUGUUCUUCAUAGGAUGGAGAACUACAAUUCUCAGUCUCCUUACCCUUAUGGUAAUAACAAUAACAAUAGUCCAUAUGGGUAUAAUCAACCUUACCCUCCUCAUCCCUCACCAAAUCAAUCUUACCCUCCCCAUCCUCCUCCAAAUCAACCUUACCCUCCCCAUCCUCCUCCAAAUCAACCUUACCCUCCUCCUCAUAGUUCUGGGACAUAUACUCCCCCGUUCACAUACCCUCCUCCCUAUCCCCAGUACCCACACCCUUACACCACGUCACCCUCUGGUCAUCUGAACUAUUCUCCUUCAGCUCCUUCUACUAGUGGAUACCAUCAGCCGAGUCCUGUAGAAUAUGGGUAUUCCCCACCACCACCACAUCCUUAUCCCUACAGUGGAUAUAUGCCUCAUGCUCCUCCUUCAAUUUCUUCCUCUCAACCUACCCUUCAACAUCACGGCAGUUUUGAUUAUAGUUCAUCUCACCAUCAUCAAUCGAUUCCUACACGUCCUUUAGAGAGCCACUCAUCAAGAAUCAAUAUUAGUACAUUGUCAAAUAGUAGUAGUAAUGUGACACAUCUUGAUCCACCCAUUCACCCUUCGGGUUACCCACCCGUGGAAGAUAUGAUAGCAAACAUGCAAUUGUCAGAGGCUCCUCAGGCUGGUCCUUUUGGACCUUGUUCUCAGCCAUUGUACCACUCGGGGACAAUAUAUGGACAUCCUAAUUCAUCCUUUUCAAGUUGGGAGUCAUCUUCAACGCAAGCCGAAUCAACUCCCCAUCACCACCUUUCAUACUCAAACUCAUUCUUGGAAACAGGAUCUAAUAAUCAGAGUCUCCAACUCGUGCCAGUCACGCCUUCUAAAGGAUCUUUGAAGGUUUUGUUAUUGCACGGGAAUCUUGAUAUUUUUGUCCACGAAGCAAAAAACCUCCCAAACAUGGACAUGUUUCACAAAACAAUAGGGGACAUGUUUAACAAAUUUCCAGGCAAUAUGAGCUCAAAGAUUGAAGGGCACAUGAGUGACAAGAUCACGAGUGAUCCCUAUGUCACAAUCACAGUCGCAGGUGCAACCGUCGGACGGACUUAUGUGAUAAGCAACAGCGAGAAUCCUGUUUGGAAGCAACAUUUUAAUGUCCCGGUUGCACAUCACGCUGCUGAAGUGCACUUUGUUGUGAAGGACAGUGACAUCGUAGGCUUUCAGCUCAUAGGAGCUGUGGUAAUCCCAGUGGAGCAGAUAUAUGGUGGGGGAAAAGUUGAGGGGUCCUUCCCAAUCCUUGCAAGUAACGGAAAACCUGCAAAGGCCGGAGCUGUUCUAAGUCUCUCUAUCCAAUACACACCGAUGGAGCGCUUGAGCAUUUAUCAUUGUGGGGUUGGAGCAGGCCCAGAGUAUAACGGGGUUCCAGGGACAUAUUUUCCAUUACGGAAGGGUGGAAAUGUCACUCUUUACCAAGAUGCACACGUGCCCGAUGGGUUCCUUCCAAAUUUGGGACUUGACUAUGGGAUGCAAUAUGUGCAUGGGAAAUGUUGGCGUGAUAUAUUCAGUGCAAUACGGAGUGCAAGAAGGUUGGUAUAUAUAACAGGAUGGUCAGUGUGGCACAAAGUCAGACUGGUGAGGGAUGAUCGUUCUCUUGAAGGGUACACAUUGGGGGAACUGCUGAAGUCAAAGUCACAAGAAGGCGUGAGGGUUCUUCUUCUCGUGUGGGAUGAUCCCACCUCAAGGAACAUUCUUGGUUAUAAAACGGAUGGAGUCAUGGCAACUCAUGAUGAAGAAACUCGCCACUAUUUCAAACACUCUUCAGUGCAAGUGCUUCUUUGUCCCCGUGUAGCUGGUAAGCGUCACAGUUGGCUGAAACAAAGGGAAGUUGGAGUAAUUUAUACACACCAUCAGAAAACUGUGAUAGUCGAUGCAGAGGCGGGAAACAAUAAGAGAAGAAUUAUAGCAUUUGUUGGAGGACUUGAUUUGUGUGAUGGGCGAUAUGAUAGUCCCGAGCAUCCCAUAUUUAGAAGUCUCCAGACUCUCCACUCGGAUGACUACCAUAACCCAACAUUUGCUGGGAAUGUCGCUGGGUGUCCCAGAGAACCAUGGCAUGACUUGCACUGUAAAAUUGAUGGUCCAGCAGCGUAUGACAUUUUGACAAAUUUUCAAGAGCGUUGGUUGAAGGCUUCAAAGCCACACGGGAUUAAAAAAUUGAAAAUCUCAUAUGAUGACGCCUUGCUCCGGAUAGAAAGAAUGCCUGAAAUUCUUGGUAUAUUUGAUAUCCCGUGUGUGAGUGGUGAUGAUCCCGAAGGUUGGCAUGUUCAGAUCUUCCGUUCAAUAGACUCCAAUUCGGUUAAAGACUUUCCUAAGGAACCUAAAGAAGCUACAAUGAAGAAUUUGGUGUGCGGGAAGAAUGUGCUAAUUGAUAUGAGCAUACACACAGCAUAUGUGAAGGCCAUUCGUUCUGCACAACAUUUUAUCUAUAUUGAAAACCAAUACUUCAUUGGUUCCUCUUACAACUGGAGUCAACAUAGAGAUCUUGGUGCUGACAAUUUAAUUCCAAUGGAAAUUGCACUUAAAAUUGCGGAUAAAAUAAGAGCACACCAAAAGUUUGCUGUGUAUAUUGUCAUCCCAAUGUGGCCAGAGGGUAAUCCAACAGGUGCUGCUACUCAAAGGAUUCUUUUCUGGCAGAAUAAGACAAUGCAGAUGAUGUAUGAGACUAUCUACAAGGCCUUAGUGGAGGUUGGACUUGAGGAAACUUUUUCUCCCCAAGAUUAUCUGAACUUCUUCUGUCUUGGAAACCGUGAAGCUCCUGAUGCUAGUGAUGUGCCACCAAACACUGAGAACCCUGCAGCAGCAAAUAAUCCUCAGGCACUUAGUAGAAAAAACAGAAGAUUCAUGAUCUAUGUGCACUCUAAAGGGAUGAUCGUGGACGAUGAGUAUGUAAUAUUGGGGUCUGCUAACAUCAAUCAGCGUUCUUUGGAAGGGACAAGAGAUACCGAGAUUGCGAUGGGAGCUUAUCAACCUCAUCAUACAUGGGCUAGAAAACUCUCAAGUCCCCAUGGACAGAUUUACGGAUACAGAAUGUCCCUCUGGGCUGAGCAUCUUGGAGUUGUUGAAGACUGCUUCACACAACCGGAGUCGGUAGAGUGUGUACGCAGAGUAAGAUCAAUGGGAGAGGCAAACUGGAAACAGUUUGCAGCCGAAGAGGUUACCGAUAUGCGGGCCCACCUACUUAAGUACCCUGUGGAAGUAGACCGCAAAGGUAGAGUAAAGCCUCUUCCCGGGUGCCCAACCUUCCCGGACGUCGGAGGAAACAUUGUUGGAUCAUUUUUAGCCAUUCAGGAAAAUCUCACAAUAUGAUUUUUUGUGUGUGUACAUAAACAUUGUUGGAUCAUUUUUUUUAUCCUUCGUUGCAUUUGUGUGGUACUGUGUGUUUGUAUAUGUACAGAGGGGGAGAUAUGAUACAUGUACACAAAUUGUAUGUAAGCACAUUCAUAUAUGACUGUCACUCACUAAAAAUUAUCAUCCCCCUUUUACAUAUUAAUUCAUGUAAACAUAUAAGUGUAAUUUUAUUGAAAUAACGCCUAUUUAUCGAU